GGACAUGAGUUUGGGUAAACUCUGGGGGUUGGUGAUGGACAGGGAGGCCUGGCGUGCUGCGGUUCAUGGGGUCACAAAGAGUUGGACACGACUGAGCGACUGAACUGAACUGGACACUUAUCCAUUAUGUGACCUUAGGCAGAUUACUUUAGUUCCAAGACCCUCGAUUUCCACCUCCUAAAUCAGUGCUAUAAUCCCAUAAUAUGCUCAGUGAAAGGUACCUUCUACUUAGCAUAUUUAAAAUUCAACUUAAGUAGCUCUUACUUUACUAUAGGAUAAAGUCCAAGCUUCUUAGAAGGGCAUACAAGGCCCGCCAGGCAUAUAGUCAGCACUGAAAUGCCAAUACUGUUCUCCUUCCCCUGAGCAAUCCCUUACUCUCUCCUGAGCAAUCUCGUCUUUAUCACAUAGCAUAUUAGACUAUUUUGAUUAUAACAUAUUACAAUUAAACUAGCUUAACUGAAAAAAAAGACCCAAUGGAUUUGGGUUAUACAGAUGGGGAGUUGGAGGGUGACUGGCUCCAGGCAGGUCAGGGGCUCGGUGUUGUCUGGGUUUGGGCUCUGUCUCUGCAUUUCUCCUCUCUACUACAUAUAGCUCAUCUCAUGGAAGAACUCUCUUGUUGCUUGGAUUCUGCGCCAUUAGGAGCACUGAGGGAAAUGGAGAGAACACCAGUGGGGUUGGGCAGAAAUUCCAUAAAGGAAAUGAAAGCAGGGGGAUGGGAAAGGAUCUGAAUGCAACCAGACUUAAAGCUACAACAGUCUACUGUGUGUGGUUUUAUCUCUGCAGACAAUUUGCAGAUAUUGUCCCCCGCACCACCACCACCUUCCCCCCACCCAUGACCCAACCCCAUCCUUUCUCCUAAACUUAUAGUACUGUGUUUCAGAUUGCCUGUGGAAGGGGCCAUCUUUCCUCAAACUCAGAAUAUCCCAAACUGCAUUCACUUCCUCCAUCCUGCUCCACGGUGUUAUCCAGCUUGCCAGUCUGGCUAUCAGUUCUGGUCCCAUCCCCUCAUCUUCCUUCUUGCUCCGUUGCUCUAGGUUAGGCCCUCACUGUGUCUCACCUGUGCCUCUGAGCUGGUCUCCCACCUGGCCUCCCUUCCUCUGCCUUCCUCUUGAUAAUCUCGCUGUUAUCAGGUUUUUCUUUGUAAAUAACAAUGGGGAUCAUACCAACCCCUUACAAAUCUCCAGGGACAUCUCAGUACAAACAAAACUCCUCCUUCUUUCAUUCAAAACACUUUAUGAUUUGGGGCCAACCUAUUUUUAACCUUCCAGCAUAUGAAGGCCUUUCAUUCACUGGAUCCUGUAGCCAAAUAGAAUCACUUGCAGUUCCUGCUCCUGUCCUAGUCUUCCCUCCAGCCACCCUUUGUCCAUGCUUUUUCCUCAGCUUGAAUCAUCUAUGUUACUUCCACCUCACUUGCUGUGUCACCUUGAGAAAAAAUCCUUCACCCGUUCUGGUUCCAUUCUUUCCCCAUCUGUUAAGCAAUGAUCACAGCACUUACCUCACAGGACCGAACCGUAAGGGCACGCGGGAAGCAGCUGGCCCCAUGCUUGCCAGAGAAAGUGUUGCAUUUUCUCUUUCCCCCUUUUGGCCUUUCUCCCACAUCUUCCAGAUCUUGCUAACUCUCUUUGUUCCAUCUUGAUAACCUCCCCUGGUUUGUCACCUCACCAGAAGCCUUCCCUUUUCUCUCUCCAGAACUCUUCCAGCACAUUUUAUCACAGCCCUUUCCCCAAAACUGAAUUUUUUUUUUUUAACCUCAGUUCAGUGAACACUAAACAAUACUCAUAGGGUGUUGGCACUGGCUACGUACAACAGAUCAGGCCUUGUCCCCCUGACCUCUCAAGGGUUCAGGCAGCCCCACAGUUCAGAUGGUAUGAUGAGUGUUUGCAUGCAGCCUCUCUCUUCUGCUGGCUGGAUGUCCUUCCUUCAGCCAAGGUCCCAACCUUAGGCAGAGGACACCAGCGAGCUGAGUGAGGCCCAUGGACAUGCAGAAUCAUUAACCGACAAGACCUUCCCCUCAUCUUCACUCCUCUGUCCUCACGGACACAGCCCUCCCCUCAACUCCUCUGUGCGGAUACAGUUAGAAAGUGCCCUUUGUCCUUUAUAGGUGGGGAAGGGAGAAGCUCGACAUAGCCCCAGGAGGCUGCUUCCAUUUCUACCUGCCGCUCCUGUUGCCUCUCAGCCUCUGACCCUCAGUACCUGUUCUCAGCCAGUUCGCCUGUCGCCUCCACACUGUUCCCUCCACUGCUCCACUGGCUCCCUUGCAGGCACAUACUGAUAAUACCUUUUCCCAUUUUUUCCCCCUGCUUCUUUGAUCCCAUUUCCCUUCAGAUUUUUUUUUUUUUCCAGAAACACAUAAAACCACAUAAUCAUGGAAAUAGAGUUGUUAGAGUUCAGUUCAUACAGAUGGUGGUUUUCAGACUGAACCCUGGAGAAGGUAAAUCAGUCGUUUAUCUUCUGGGGAGGGACGAUGGAGAAAGACCCAUGUGAGUGAGGUGUGAGUCAGAGAGGGUGGGGCCCAGGGGAAGUAGUCACCUCACUUCCCUUUGGUCAGGAAGGCUCCAUGAAUUUCAGGGGGAGUUUCAGCUGUUGGACUUGGUAUUCUUCCCUGCCCACACACACAUCUGGCCUUUAUCCUUAUCAAGAAUGACUUCCUGGACUUUUUCAGUUUCUCCAGUUUAUCAGCCUGCCCCCAGUGUAGGUAGUGUUCCAUGGACCAUCUUACCUCCAAGACCUUCCACCCAGCUUCCCUGCAGAUUCUAAAUGGUCCCAUUUCCUUCCCGUCCAUUGACAAACUUACCCUUCUUUUCUGUAUAUUUCAGCCUAUAAGGUGUUUUCCUGAGCCAAAGUCUAAACUGUGCCCCCCACCCCUGCCCUGUGUGUGCUGUAUCUCAUUGUCUUCCACACAGCACAUAAACACGCUUAAGCCUCUUCCCAUUAAAAACAACCCUUAGGGGAGCAGUGGAUUACCCUGAGCCCAGCAAAAUGGAGCUUGAGGCCCUGAGUAGAUAUACCAGUCCAGUGAACCCAGCUAUCUUUCCCCAUGUGACUGUGGUACUGUUGGCCGUUGACAUGUUCUUCACCUCCUGGUUCUUUGUUUAUAAGGUCACCUCCACCAAGUACACUUGGGAUAUCUACAAAGAGCUCCUCAUCUCAUUGGAGGCCUCACUCUUCAUUGACUUUCGAGUCCUCUGCCUGCUGCUCUGGGUCAGUGUCUAUGUCUGAGCUCCCAAGGGUUCCAACCAAGGGUCCUUACUGAAUCCUUCCUUUGGUAAAUUAAUUUUUGGUUUUUGUUUCUGCUGUUGCUGGAAGUGUCCUACCUGCUGCUCACAGUAAAGGCAUAUAUGUGAAAAAUCAAAAUCAAAACCUUUAGAAUCAAUCUGGAGGUGAGAGUCAGGCACUGAUAUUUUAAAAACUCACCAGGUGAUUCUGGUGUGCAGCCAGGGCUAAAAAAGAUAAACAGCUUAAUCCAGACCUCGUACCAGGUCAUACAGAGCUCUUCAUGACUGACUCCUGCCAACGUUCCCCCCUUACCCACAUGCCCUCUGGACUGGAGACUCCCCAGAACUCCCCACACCAGCCGUAUCUCCUGCUUGCAUGCCUUCACACACAUGCUUCCGUCCGCCUGAAAAUGUUUCCCUGCCUUCUUUAAUACUCAGCUUUGGUGUCAUUUCUGUGAAGCCUUCAAGAACUAACCCCCAGCUUGGGGUAAGGUGCCCCCCCCCCCACUCCCUUGCUGCUCUCUUAGCCCUCUCAGUUUAACUCACCACUUGCUAUUGUAACAGUUAAUUUAUCUAUCUUCUUCUCUAGACUGUGAAUAUUUUUUCAGGAACCCCAGUGCCUUGGAGAUGGCAUUUGGUAGAACUUGGUUUGGUGGUCUAUAUCAGAUAUUUGAAGGUGCUUUCUCCUAGGACUAGGACUGGAACUGAAGGAAGUGAGUCUUUGGGCAUGUUCAUGUAGUCAGUGGGCCUUUACUGAGGGCUUGCUGUGGUCAUUUAUUAAUACCACCGUGGUCCAGUUGACUAAUGGAUAGUUGAAGAUCUCUAUCUCUUCCAGGUGGCACAGUGGUAAAGAAUCCUCCUGCCAAGGCAAGAGAAGUGAGAGAUGUGGGUUUCACUACUGGGUUGGGGAGAUCCCCUGGAGUGGGAAAGGGCAGCCCACUCCAGUUUUUUUAUCUAGAAAGUUCCAUGGACAGAGGAGGCUGGCGAGUGACAGUCCCUGGGGUCGGAAAGAGUUGGAUAGAAUUGAGCACAGCACCCACACAUAUAUCUCUACCAUAUUUAACCUCAGGAACUGUUUCAUCACUUAUAACAGUCUGCUUUGUUUGUCUCUAGAUGGACACUUAGUCCAAACCUCUCAAUAGUGCUCUCCAAACAGUGCUUUGCAGUUUAUUUAGGAAGUAUUUGUUGAACGAAUGCUCAUUAAUCGACAUACAAGCACAUACCUUCUUGCUUCACCCCUUGGCUAUGAAAUAUCAAGGUAGAAACAGUGCUGAGUACUUUACCUGGGUCAUCUCCUUUAAUCUUCACAAUCCUAUGAGACAGGUGCUAUUGGAGGUUCAGGCACUUACAUUAAGUCAUAUAAGUACUAACUGGAGAUUUAAAAUCAGGUCUUUGGAGUUAGGUGUGACCCCCAGGGCUACUGAAGUAUACCUAACACAAUAAAUAUUUAUUGACUCAACAGAUACUGCCAUCCCAAGGCAAGUAGAAAAGCUUUUGAAUUCUUACUGUCUUCCCCACUUGACUCGGGGUCCCUUAACUUCUCUUCCCCUUCUCACAUUUCUCAUUCACCCUAAUACUCUGCAAACACUGUGAAGGAGCAGCUGAGUCCAACAUUGGUCAGAUACUAGAGGUACAGAGACAACUAAAAUAUUGGUCCUUGCUGAAAAAAACUUACAGUGAGGGGGUAUGCAGAUAAUUGAAUUGCAGUGAGAUUGUGAAAGCAAAGGGAGGGACUGUUUUAUUGCCUGGAAAAGCUGCUUUUAUCUUGAGUUAGGAGACAGGGCUUGGAGGUGUGGGGGUAUAUGAAAGAUGCUGAUAUCCUUGGGGAACAGUUAAAGCAUAGGGUGUGGCCAAGAGAAUGGGGGGAGGCUGAGGACCAGAUCAGGUCAGCCUUCAGGUACAAUGCUAAUGAGUCUGAGCCUUUUGAAUUCUUUUGCCAUUUCCUUUCAAGGGUAGGUAGUCGUAGGUACCCGUGGGCUGGAUCAGAACUGUACUUUGGCUCUGACCUCUUAACUCUAAGACUAAACUUUCACAUAGCUUGUUGUUUAGUGGCUAAGUGUCUGCCUCUUGCGACCCCAUGGACUGUAGCCCACCAGGCUUCUCUGUGCAUGGGAUUUUCCAGGCAGGAAUACUGGAGUGGGUUGCCAUUUCCUUCUCCAGGAGAUCUUUCCUAACCCAGGAUCGAACCUGAAUCUCCUGCAUUGGCAGGCAGGUUCUUUACCAGCUGCAGCACCAAGGAAGCCCCUCCACAAAGCUACAUUCCACCACUGAUGAACACAUUGUUUGUCCGAAACUGCCACCUCCUCUGAAUUCCACAUGUACAUCAUACAGUCCUGUGCACAGUUACUGGAUCACCGUGUGCAGUUAUCAGCACUGUUCCAGGAGCUGCUGGAGAUACAGAUUUUAUUUUACUGAAACCUAGUGCUCAACCCAGUGGUUCUGUCUAGUUAGUUGGUGAGUGUAUGGCGUGGGGAGGUGCAGGGAGCCAGAUAAAGACAACUAAGUGUACAGAGUGAGACCAGCUGUCUCGGGGAAACCUCCAGUGUCUAUUUUUCCAAGCCUGUCAGUUUCCAGACCUUCUUGGGUGAGGGUGGUCUGUCACCUGGUCCCCCCCAGCACCCUCUCUCACUGGCUGCCAAUGUGAAGUGAUUUGGCUAGACAGUAAACCCCAUCUGGGGACAGCAUCUGCCUUGUUCAUUGAUGUGCCACCAGCAAUUAACCCCGUCUUGCACGUGGUAGGUGGUCAGUAAUAUGUGGGUAUUUACUAACACAGGUCUGAUUGUAGCCUCCUCAAAACUCUUUGGUUUCUCCUCUGCUUCCAGAAUAAACCAAACUGCUCCAUUUGGCCUUCCACAUUCAGCCACAGCUGGCUUCACUUCCCCUUUUUCCUUCCACAGCCUUGAAGAGGCCAGCUAGCCAGUGAUUCAUUAAUUUCCCCUGCCCCGGGCUACUUGUAUUCUCCCACCUCCGGCCCACACGGUCGUCUCAACAACUCCUAAUGCUGGGCUCACCCAAGUUUAUGGGCUGGUAAGGAAGGCUUCCCUACACAGCGGCUCCCUGGGCUGAGACCUUCCCGCCUACCGAGUCCACUCUCCAGGCACAGACAGAGAGGCUGCCUGCAGCCCACCCCUCCGGUCCCACUCUCUGGAGAGGGAGUUCUAUGAGGGGACGGCUGACCCUGGAACUUGCUCCAAGGUCCCAGGUGGGGUGGGUCGGCUACGAACAGAAGCUGUGUUGGUCGUGCUGGUGGACGAAUCCCAGAGGGUCCAGAAGGAGGCCACGCAGGGGCUAAACACUAGGAAGGCGCAGGGUGCAGUUUCGGCGGGCGAGGGCCCGGGCCAGGCCGCGCGAGCUGACCGAGGCUG